AUGUGGAGAACCUCCUGGUAGCUGCUGAUUAUCUCAGUGUCUUGGGCAUCGUGCAGCGCUGCUGUGAUUUCCUGCAUGAGCAGCUCUGCCUCAACAACUGCAUUGGCCUUCUUAAAAUCGCCGAUGUCUACUGCGUAAACGAGCUGCACCAGUCUGCAUUCAACUUAAUCUUGAAAAACUUCAAGGAGGUUGCCAUCAGCUCAAAUGAGUUCCCAGAACUAAGUCUUGAACAACUUUCUGACAUCAUCGAGCAGGAUGAGCUUAAUGUCAGAGAAGAGGAUGUGGUGUUUGAGGCCAUCCUCCGGUGGAUCGAGCACGAGCCUGCCACCCGAGAGGCCCACAUUUCAGUCCUAUUGGCCAAGAUUCGGAUGGCUCGUAUGGAUCCGGAAUACUUCAUGAAAAUCGUCAAAGCCAACGAUCUAGUGAAGGCCAAUGUGGCGUGCAGGCCAAUCAUCACUGAUGUACUGAAGGUCAUCUAUGAUCUUCAUGAUGAACGUCCACGAUCUGAUUUUGAGAACCCACUGAUCCGCCCGCGCUUGCCCUCUGACAUUUUGCUGGCUGUUGGUGGAUGGAACAUGCGCACGACAAACUGGAUUGAAGCCUAUGACACCCGGGCCGACCGCUGGGUGGAUAUAACACAGGGGCAGGAGACUCGCCAGUCCGGCCAUGGCAGUGUGUGUUUAAAUGGCUUCAUGUAUUGUUUUGGGGGUUAUGAUGGCCAUAAUUUCACCGAUGCUGUGCUCAGAUUUGACCCCGUCGCACGGACAUGGCAGCACAUGGCCCCUAUGCACUGGCGCCGCUGUUGUGUCAGUGUGGCCGUAAGUAACGGCUUCAUCUAUGUGAUGGGUGGCCGUUUAGACGUGUCGCCUCUGAAUAUCGUAGAGCGAUAUGACCCAAAUGCCAAUGAGUGGACCAUCAUCCAGCCCAUGAACGAGGAGCGACAGGAUGCCAGUGCCACCACCCUGAAUGGAAAGAUAUACAUUUGUGGGGGUAGCAAUGGAGCUCAGACCACUUCCACUGCGGAGUGCUAUGAUCCACUCACGGGCGAAUGGACCUUGAUCGCUCCCAUGCGCACUCGCCGACGUGGCCUUGGAGUAGCGGCAUAUCAGGGAAACAUCUAUGCGGUGGGCGGUACCAACGGGGCUCAUCCAGUGCGGACUAUGGAGGUCUAUGACCCUGCAAUUAACCAGUGGCACGCUGGGCCUCCCAUGAGACAACAAAGAAGCUAUUUCGGCAUCGCAGUGGUGGACGGCUUGCUGUUUGCGAUGGGAGGCUCCGAUGGCUUCAAAGUAACUGCAAAAGUGGAAUGUUUCAAUGCAGUGAAAGGCAGCUGGUGCCGUGCGCAGGAAAUGAUUGCACCUAAGAGGAGCUUCAGCUGCUGCACAGUGCCUGCGCACCCCCGCUUCGUACAGUACGCUGCACCUCGCCCACCUGCCCCCAUCUGCCUGCCUGGUAACCACGUGCUCAACAAGUGGCUGGCAGGGAACAAGGGAAACGCUACAGACUGACAACAGGGGAGGACAAGAAAGACUGACAACACGUGGGACGAGAUGACCAAUGACACCUACUGGCCAAACAGGGAAGGGACACAGAAUGGGACAGUUAAAUAACACUGGGAUUCCCUGAAGGGUUUGGCAUUCCCUGAAGCCAAGCUGUUAAUUAUUGUACUCCACGCCACCUCUGGUGAUUGAAUUGCAAUGUAAUGAUUAUGUUGUUCUAUAAUCUUAUUGAAUAAGUGUUAUAAGUUGUUAGAAGUUAUUUUUGUAUUCUUUUAUACUUCAUUUUUAACAGUGUGAUUUUUGACCUGACAGCUUUGUUUGGCAGUAAAAAGCUUUAAGGGGGCAGUUUAAUGGCUCUAUACACAGCAAUAUGUAUAAUGGCCAAAGUGUUCUUGUUGAACAUGCUUAAUUUAUUUUUGUAUACAACGUUUAAAUAAAUGUCUUAUUUGGAG